UGAGUCAAGUCCACACCGUGUAGAGCCAAAGCUGGAAAGACUUUUACGCGUAAAGUAACUAAGCAAUUCCCUUUUGGCAAUUCACUUCCCCUGAGCUAUCCAUCCUGUAUUCCAAUAGCAUUUUGUUGCCAGAGUGAGUGAGUGAGUGAGAAAGAGAGACAGAGAGAAAGAAAGAGACGGAAUGGCGGACAUACUUCUAUCUGCCCUGGUGAGCUCUAUGGUGGGUAACUUGAAUACUUCAGCACUUCAAGAAUUCGGAGUUGCUUUGGACCUGAGAGCUGAGCUUGACAACCUUGAGAGCACACUUUCCACCAUCCAAGCUGUUCUGCAAGAUGCAGAGGAGAAGCAGUGGAAGAGUGAGGCUAUCAGGAAUUGGCUGAGAAAGCUCAAAGAAGGAGCUUAUGAUGCAGAUGAUGUUCUGGACGAGUUUGCAACUGAAGCUCUAAUACAAAAGUCGGAGAAAGAGAAAGGUGUGACAAGCCAAGUAAGUAGCUUUUUUUCUCUUCAAAACCGACUUAUAUUUCGCAUGAAGAUGGCACAUAAACUGAAGAAUGUGAGGGAUAGACUAGAAGCCAUAUCUAUGGAGAGAUCUAAGUUUCACUUGAGAGAGUUAGAUAUAAACAUGGAAGUCUUUGAUAUAGAAAGAAGACAAACUGGCUCACUUGUGAAUGAAAGUGAGAUUUAUGGAAGAGGUGAAGAGAAAGAAAAAAUCAUUCAAGUAUUGCUCACUCAUGUGUCUGAUCAAGAUAAUCUUGCCAUUUAUGCCGUAUGGGGCAUGGGGGGCUUGGGAAAAACAACACUUGCACAAUUGAUCUACAAUGAUGCAAGGGUACAGAGGCAUUAUGAUAUGAGAAUUUGGGUGUGUGUAUCAGAUGAUUUCCAUAUAAGAAAAUUGGUGAGAGCAAUCAUUGAAUCCAUUGAUGGUAGUGCAUGUAAUCUUUCAGAGUUGGACCCUUUACAGCAAUGCUUGCAGGAAAAAUUGCGUGGGAGGAAAUUUUUGCUUGUUUUGGACGAUGUUUGGAACGAAUACCAUGACAAAUGGAAUGGCUUAAAAGAGGUGUUGAGGUGUGGGUCAAACGGAAGUAAGGUUAUAGUGACAACCCGGAUUGAGAAUGUAGCGCUUAUGAUGGCCACACUACCUAUACACCACAUGGGAUGUUUGUCAGAGAAUGAUUCUUGGUCCCUAUUUACAAGAUGUGCAUUUGGGAUGGGAAGGCUAAAGGAGAGAUCAGAAUUGGAAUCUAUUGGCAAGGAAAUAGUGAAGAAGUGUGGAGGGGUACCUCUAGCAAUAAAGACUCUUGGAAGCCUCAUGAGCUUAAAAAGUACUGAAAGUGAGUGGGUAUCUGUGAAAGAAAGUCAAAUUUGGGAAUUACCAGAAGGUGAAAAUUCCAUUUUGCCAGCGCUGAGGUUGAGUUACCACCAUUUACCCCCACAUCUAAGGCAAUGUUUUGCUUUCUGCUGUAUAUUUCCCAAAGAUUACAAGCUUAAUAGGGAUGAGUUGAUACAAUUGUGGAUGGCUAAUGGUUUUAUUCCCUUUAAAGAAUCAUUGGAGCCGCAUGAUGUUGGCAUUAUUAUCUUCAAUGAAUUAGUGUGGAGAUCUUUCUUUCAAGAUGUUGUAGAGUAUUCUCCUAGUAACAUAUCAUGUAAAAUGCAUGAUCUUAUGCAUGACCUUGCUCAGUCUAUUAUGAGGCUUGAAUGCGUUGUGGUGGAAUCUGACAAAGAGGUCAAAGUUCCAAAAAUGAUUCGUCACUUGAAUUAUACUCAACGCACUUCUUGGGAUAUUGAAGUAUGCAAAGUCCGAUCUCUACGCUCAUGCAUUGAGUCACCAAAUUAUUACAGUGAGUAUAAAUCUCCUCUAUCCUUCUUUUUGAAACAAAAGUAUCUUCGGGUGUGCGACUCUCGUCGUCAACCAUCAGAAAAGGCACUAAGAUCAAUCACUAGUUUAAAACACUUGAGGUAUCUCGACAUGUCUUCUUCCAAAUUCAAAGUUUUACCUGAAUCAAUAACUUGCCUCUUGAACCUGCAAACGCUGAAACUAGAUAAUUGUCAUUCUCUUCAUAAGUUGCCCAAUGGUAUGAGGCACAUGAAAAACCUUAUCUAUCUUGGUCUUAGAGAUUGUAAUUCUCUUACUUGUAUGCCUGAAGGGAUGGGACAACUGACGCGCCUCCAAUCAUUAAGCAUCUUCAUCGUUGGCAAGGAAAAUGGUUACCAAUUAAGUGAGCUGAAAGGACUACACCUUCGAAAUGAUUUGUCAAUAAAGGAACUUGAUAAUGUAAGAAAUUUUGAGGAGGCGAAAGAUGCAAAUUUGAUUGGGAAACAAAAUCUUCAUUUGCUAAGUCUGGUUUGGCAGAACAAAAGUCAGUGCCCUGUACCAGAAAAGGUUGAAGAUGUUCUUGAUGGUCUCCAACCUCAUUCAAAUCUGAAAGUGUUGCGCAUUCGUAACUAUUUAGGUUCAAAAUUUCCAACAUGGAUGCAAGAUUUACUCCUUCAUGAUCUGAUUGAAAUUUCUCUAAUUAAGUGUGAAAGAUGUGAACAUCUGCCACCUCUUGGCAAACUACCAUUCCUAAAGGUUCUUAACAUAAGAGGCAUGGAUUCUGUGAAGUAUCUUGGCAAUGAGUUACAUGGAGAUAGUGCAAUUUCGUUCCCAUCAUUGGAGAGACUGAGAUUAGAAUUGAUGGCUAAUUUGGAGGAAUGGCAAACAAUGGAUGGAAGAGAAAAUUUUCCCCGCCUAAGCACAUUAAAUAUCUUUGGUUGCCCAAAGUUAGUUGAAUUGCCUAUUAUUCCUUCCAUUACAAGUUUGUGUAUCUAUACAAACAAUGCAAUGUUAAUUAAGUCAGUGAUGAAUCUCACUUCACUGUCUUUCCUUCAAAUUGGAGGUAUGCAUGAAUCGACACUUCUUCCGGAUGGACAGUUUCAAAAUCUUACUGCAAUGAAACGCUUUACACUUGAUUAUUGUAAGGGACUCGAAAGUCUGCCAGAAGGACUCCAGUACCUACAUUCUUUACGGGAACUCGAAAUAAGGAGCUGUACAAAUAUUUUGUCCUUUCCGGUAAAUGGAUUGCGGGGCUUGUCUUCGCUACAGAGGUUAUGGAUUCAGAACUGCGACAAAUUAUGCUCUUUAUCUGAAGGAAUUCAAUAUUUAACUAGCCUUGAGGACUUACUUAUUAACGGAUGUCCGGAGUUAAUGUCUAUACCGGACGAGUUGCAGAAUCUUACGGCACUCAAAACAUUGAGAAUUGAAAGAUGUCCACAUCUGCAGAGGCGGUGCAAGAAAGACAGCGGCGAGGAUUGGCAUAAGAUUGCUCGAAUCCCCAACAUUCGUAUCGCCGAUCCUCCACCAGUACAAUCAAGGAAUGGUUGCAAGGCGCUUCAGAAACUGAAAUUUUGGUCCACAUAAAAGGUAACUGAUUGCCCCUCUGGACGUCUCUCUCGCUCUCUCUAUUUUUGCACAGUUUAAGUUUAUAAUAGAAGGAGAUGCAAAGGAGAUUUUUCAAAGCUUACUAAUGGAAUCAAAUGAUGCUUUGCAAUUGGCUAAGAGACAUGUUGAUGCCCAAAUUUUAAUUUGAUUGAGAGGAAGCACAUUUAAUUUAAUAGAGUAACGUUUGUCUUUUUUUUUCUUUUUUCUUUUUUUGGGGUGUGUUUUGCAUUCUAUAACUUUUUAUGUUAAAGAAAGUAGCCGCUUGCAAAAGUUUGUUCAAAGCAUGAAUAAAUGGAUGAUUAUGUGCA